AUGGCGGCCGUCACCCCCAGCAGACCGUACCACAUCAUUGUUUUCGGCGCCACCGGCUUCACCGGGCAGUUUGUCGUGGAAGAGGUCGCCCGCUGCGCCGCGGAGAGUCCCGGGGGCAGCUCUCUGAAAUGGGCCGUGGCCGGGAGAAGCAGGCGGCGUCUGGAGGAAGUGCUGAAGCAAGCCGCGGGGAGGCUGUCCAUGCCUGAGUUGAAGACAGAAAUUGAAAUCAUCGUUGCUGAUGUGUCUAUCGAGGAAUCACUGGCCAUCAUGUGCCAACAAGGUGUGGUGAUUCUCAACUGUGUGGGACCAUACAGAUUUUAUGGUGAACCAGUGGUUAAAGCUUGUGUAGAAAAUGGAGCUCACUACAUAGACAUCUGUGGAGAGCCUCAGUUUCUGGAGCGCAUGCAGCUGGAGUACCACACUAAGGCCUUGGACAAAGGAAUUUAUGUGAUUGGCAGCUGUGGAUUUGACUCCAUACCGGCAGACCUGGGGAUUCUCUACACGCAGAGACAGUUCAAAGGAACUCUGACAGCAGUGGAGAGCUUCUUGAACAUAAGCAGCGGGCCUCAGGGGUCGUCUGGCCACGACGCCACUUGGCAGUCUGCAGUGUACGGCUUCGCAGACAGCGGCUCCCUUCGCCAGCUGAGGAAGAAGUUUGGCCACAAGCCGCUGCCCGUGGUGGGAGCCAAGGUCAAAAAGAGGGGCUUGUUGUUUUUCAGCAAGGAGUUGCAGCAAUAUGCCAUCCCGUUUAUGGGCUCUGACCCGUCAGUCGUUAAGAGAACCCAGCGUUUCCUAUACGAGGAGGAACAGCAGUCACCGGUCCAGUACACUGCCUACGUCGGUGUCGGAGGCCUCUUCUCAGUGGUCAAACUCUUCUGUGGCGGCCUGCUCUUCUGGUUCAUGGUCAAAUUCAGCCUGGGCAGGAGACUCCUCACUAUGUUUCCAUCGUUCUUCUCCUUCGGUAUGUUCAGCAAGACUGGUCCAACAAUGAAGCAGAUAGAGGACACCUGUUUCAGCUUAACAUUUUAUGGGGAGGGCUACUCGGAGGGGACGGAUCCAUCACAGGGACGACCCAACACCAAAAUCUGCACUCAGGUCAUGGGAGCAGAGCCCGGGUAUGUAGCGACAGUUUCUGCUAUGGUACAAGCAGCCGUCACCUUGCUGAAUGAACUGCACUCUCUCCCCAGGAGGGGAGGAGUUUACACUCCAGGAGCUGCCUUCCACAAGACCAGUCUGAUCGAGCGGCUGCACAACCACAGCAUCAAGUUCUCAGUCAGAAACCGCGAGUAACCCUUUAACGACAGCCGCUGUAAAGGUCGCAGCACCUUCCAGCUCCAGCAUGUUGUGUCUGUACUGAUGUCUGCUGGAGAUGUUGCGUGACCUUUAAUCCAGACAACACGGCCGUCUUUUCACCACGAAUGUCAUUGUAAAAUCCCUGAACCCUGCAUCUGUUGUUGUUGGUAUUUUUUAACAUCACUCCGAGGUUGGUAAUUUAUCAGGGGACCGCUGAUGCAGAGAGAGCUUCGUAGUCUUGCUCAAGGACGCUUCAGAAAACACCGUCCACACCGGCUGCCACCCACUGAGGCCAGCUGUGCCUUUGACAAACUCCCUUUUUUUCUAUUUGCUUUCCCCUGCAGAGCAAGACCUGUUUUUUUUUUUAAUCUGGAAGAAUCCAAAAAAAAUUGCUCAACUCCGUAACAUUUCGAGGUCUGAUGAUCAUUGCUACAGGUUGUAAAGAUGAAUUUAUGAACUGCACAGCUGUGAAAAUAAGUUCCUUUUUUAAAUCAGACUUUAUGAAGUUCUUGAAUUAUGAAAAAACAUGCACUUUUGCACUUAAAACCAAAAAAAAUCAAACACUAACAGAAGCUAAUGGAAAAACAGAAUGUAAGCUGGAGUACAGUGUUGAUUUGACUAUAUUUAUUUUGUUGUGUAACUUAUAAAUUAUCAAAAAUCUGCACUACAAUCUAUACUAACUUUCUACAUGAAACAAAGCAGUUAAAUAUAUUUCAUACCUUGUACAUGAUUUGCUUUUGUUCAUUGUGUAGUCCACAUUUUUUAUUUUUAACACAGACAUGCUGAUUCUCCUACAUGAGCUAGAAAACAGGUUUCUGGCCUUUUUUGUACAUCCAUCCAAAGCAGUGUUGCAGUAAGCAUUGUGUGUCGUUGAAGAUAUUUUAUAUCAUAGUGGAAAAAACACAGUCUGUGUAAAAAGUAGAACUAUGAGCCUGAGUUCUGUGUGCAUGCUUCAGCUUCAGGUUUUUGCUGCAUAGAUACAUUUCAGAGGUUUUAGCCUGUACCAAGGGAAAAUCAUCAGCGCCAAAAUGACAAGAAUAGAUCAUCAAAAAUAAAUAUACAUUUUUUCACCA